AUGCGGCCAUGGACUGGUUCCUGGCGUUGGAUUAUGCUCAUUCUUUUUGCCUGGGGGACCUUGCUGUUUUACAUAGGUGGCCAUUUGGUACGAGAUAAUGACCACCCUGAUCACUCUAGCCGAGAACUGUCCAAGAUUCUGGCAAAGCUUGAACGCUUAAAACAGCAAAAUGAAGAUUUGAGGCGAAUGGCUGAAUCUCUCCGGAUACCAGAAGGCCCCAUUGAUCAGGGGCCGGUUUCCGGAAGGAUUCGUGCUUUAGAAGAGCAGCUUGUGAAGGCCAAAGAACAAAUUGAAAAUUAUAAGAAACAAACUAGAAAUGGGAAGGAUCAUGAAAUUCUGAGGAGGAGAAUUGAAAAUGGAGCUAAAGAGCUUUGGUUUUUUCUACAAAGUGAAUUGAAGAAAUUAAAGAAUUUAGAAGGAAAUGAACUCCAAAGACAUGUGGAUGAAUUUCUGUCAGAUUUGGGGGAUCAUGAAAGGUCCAUAAUGACGGAUCUAUACUACCUCAGUCAAACAGAUGGAGCAGGUGAUUGGCGGGAAAAAGAGGCCAAAGAUUUGACAGAACUGGUCCAGCGGAGAAUAACAUAUCUUCAGAAUCCCAAGGACUGCAGCAAAGCCAAGAAGCUAGUGUGCAAUAUCAACAAAGGCUGUGGCUAUGGCUGUCAGCUCCAUCAUGUGGUCUACUGCUUCAUGAUUGCAUAUGGCACCCAGCGAACACUGAUCUUGGAGUCUCAGAAUUGGCGUUAUGCUACUGGUGGGUGGGAAACUGUGUUUAGACCUGUAAGUGAGACCUGCACAGACCGAUAUGGCAUCUCCACAGGACACUGGUCAGGUGAAAUAAACGACAAAGAUGUUCAGGUGGUCGAGCUCCCCAUUGUGGACAGUCUUCAUCCUCGUCCUCCAUACUUACCCCUGGCUGUACCAGAAGACCUUGCAGAUCGACUUGUUCAGGUUCAUGGUGACCCUGCAGUGUGGUGGGUGUCGCAGUUUGUCAAAUACUUGAUCCGCCCACAACCUUGGCUGGAAAAGGAGAUAGAAGAGGCCACCAAGAAGCUUGGCUUCAAACAUCCAGUCAUUGGAGUCCACGUCAGACGCACAGACAAGGUGGGAACAGAAGCUGCCUUCCAUCCCAUUGAGGAGUACAUGGUGCAUGUUGAAGAACAUUUUCAGCUUCUCGCUCGCAGGAUGCAAGUGGAUAAAAAAAGAGUGUAUUUGGCCACAGAUGACCCUUCUUUAUUAAAGGAGGCAAAAACUAAGUACCCCAAUUAUGAAUUUAUUAGUGAUAACUCUAUCUCUUGGUCAGCUGGACUGCACAAUCGAUACACGGAAAAUUCACUUAGAGGUGUGAUUCUGGAUAUACACUUUCUCUCCCAGGCAGACUUCCUAGUGUGUACUUUUUCAUCCCAGGUCUGCCGAGUCGCUUAUGAAAUCAUGCAAACACUGCAUCCUGAUGCCUCUGCAAACUUCCAUUCUUUGGAUGACAUCUACUAUUUUGGGGGCCAAAAUGCCCACAACCAGAUUGCCAUUUAUUCUCACGAGCCUCGAACUGCAGAGGAAAUUCCCAUGGAACCUGGAGACAUCAUCGGUGUGGCUGGAAAUCACUGGGAUGGCUAUUCUAAAGGUGUCAACAGGAAACUAGGAAGGACGGGCUUAUAUCCCUCCUACAAAGUCCAAGAGAAGAUAGAGACAGUCCAGUACCCCACAUAUCCUGAGGCCGAGAAAUAA